AUGACCUGGAACGCUGGUGGCUUGAGCAGCAAUGUCUAUCAGGAGCUGCUAACCUUUAUCCGGGAUGCAAAAAUGGACAUUUGUCUGGUUCAGGAGACCAAAUGGGCCGAGGACAACUGUUGGAGCACGGUUGACUACCACUUCAUACACUCGGCGGGGAAGAACAAACUUGACAAGGUGGGGGGCCUGCUCAGCAUUGUGUCUGCCCACCUGGUGAAAAAGGACGACCUGCAAUACUUAGGCGUUCACCCGGGGCGCUUGUUACACGUUCGUGUCCAAGCAGGCAAGGUCCCCCUGGACAUCCUCAAUGUGUAUCAAUUCGCUGCCAAUGAAAAGCCAGAAACUACUGAACACAGGCAUCGUUUCCUUCUCUGUCUUCAACGAUGUGUUUCCGGCUUGCCGCGGCGUCAUGCACUCAUUAUGUCGGGUGACUUCAACAGCUCCUGUUCUCCUGUACCAAAGGUUUGUGGACCGCACGUGUUACCGGUGGUGGACAACCACAAGGCUGACUACAUGGAACUACUGCACUUGUGCGAGGCACAGGCCCUUGUGAUCCUUAAUACAUGGACGGCUCCCACCAGCACCCAUUCGUUGGCUACUUUUACGUUUGGCAAGCUGAAAUCUCAGAUCGACUUUGUGAUGGUCAGGCAAAACAUGGCAACCGCUGGGGCCAAGAAGGCGGGGGUGAUUCACAACUUCCCAGUUGCCAGUUGGCGAGAAGGUGCCAAUCAUCAUGCUGUGGAGGCCCUCAUCCCCAUGCCUAGGCCACAUUGGAUGUCCAAGCCUAAAGCUGCUAUGGUGCCACCAAUUGAUAUCAAACAAAUGAUUGCGGAUCUCAGGUCCAAGGCUGGUACCCCGGCUCUCGAGGCUCUCCGAACAGAAGUUGCCUGCACACUGACCCCGGACCUCACUGACAUGGACAAGGUGGUCAUGAGGAUGGCCGCCAAGCAUUACCCCCAGCCCGAAAAACCACAGCAGCCGCCCACUCAGCCAGAGGAGCUGGCAAAUAGUGCACGGCACAUGUGGCAACUACACAAGCGUAUGAAGGCUCAACCCUACACGGCCAGAGGAAUUGUGGAGGCUUGGAAACUGUGGACUCAGUUCUCUCGAGCACACCGUAUCCAUAAACAACGAGCCAAAGUUCGCUCCAAGGUCCGUCGGGAUGAAUUGCUGGAGCAAGCCGAACAAGCAGCUGAGAAAGGCAAUGCACAUGAAAUGUGGAGUGUGGUUAAACGGCUUGCUCCGAAGAGUCGUCCGAAAAAGGUCCAGCUCUACAGGCACGGGCAAAUCAUGACCCCUGGUGCGGAACUUGAUUGGAUUGUUGAGGAGUUCGGGAAACCUUACGGGGCGACCUCAUCAACAGAACCAGGUUCUCUGCUUCGACAACAUGAACCGGUACAGCUGCAGGAGGACUACGUGCUUGAAGAGCUCCGGAAGAUCCCGGUGCGAAAGGCCGUCCCCCCGGGUGCUGUUCCUGCAGUGGUGUGGCGUGCGUGUGCGGAGCAACUAGUUGGACCCCUGGUGCGAAAGGUGAGUGAUGAUUGGCAAGCUCCACAGGUUCGAAUCCACCAAGACUGGGCACAGGCAGACGUUGCACUCCUGCCAAAGGGCAAACCCAAUGCUAACACCCCACUAGAUCUGCGACCCAUUGGGCUUCAGCACCCGGUAGGGAAAACCAGCAUGAAAGUGGUGCUCUCCAUGGCAAAGGCGGACAUGAUCGACAUGGUGCGGAAGUGGCCCCAGACCGCUUAUCUGCCAGGCCGGUCGACUACUACUGCUCUCAAAACCGUUUUUGCACACUGUGAUGCUGUGAGGAAGAAAUGUAGCCAAACCCGUCAAAGUCUGCACGACAAACAUGAGGGCAAGACUGCCCCUUCGUUCUCAGGCGGGCUCCAGGUGAGCCUCGAUUUGACAGCAGCUUUUGACUUAGUCGGAUGGCAAUACAUCAAGGAUGCGAUGGAGCUUGCACAUAUCAAUGCUUCCGUACAGGAACUUCUACUUCAGUGGCUCCGACAAGUCGUCUACGUCUUUCAUCACGGUCGGGAUUCUAAGUCCAUCAGGCCCCAGUGGGGUCUCAGACAAGGGUGCAUCGCAUCCCCAAUGCUAUGGGGCAUCUUUACGGCACUUCUGUGUCAGGCCUUCGACGUCCGACUCAAACAAUGCUGGUCAACUGACCAUGCUGGGCUCUAUGCGGAUGACUCACACCUGCGGUGGCAGUUCAGUACUUUCACUGGAAUGGAACAGGCGGUCUCGGAACUUAGGUUGGUCCUGAAAAUCUUCUCCCGCUUCGGUAUGAAGGUGAAUGAGAAAAAGACCCAGGCGCUUCUCAUGGUGGCCGGUACUGAUAAAGGGAAGGUCCAUAAGCAUUAUGUACGCUCUGGCAAUGAGGGCAAGCGGCUGCUGCUAUCCCCGAAGGAUCCGACCAAGUGGCUCCCGCUGGUCACUCAGGCCAACUACUUGGGACUCAUCAUCGCAUACGAUCGCUUCGAGGCCCUCUCUACACGACACAGGAUCGCCAAAGCAAACCAGCGGCGAUGGGUCUUGGCCCCAGUGCUCCACUCCCGAAAGCUGGCGGUGCGGUACAAGUUGCAAAUCUACAGGUCAUGCGUGCAGUCCUCGCUCCUGUACGGACUCCACUCCUUCGGCCUGACGCCCAAGCUUAUGAAUGAAGUCCAGGCGACAGCGAUGAAACACUUACGGGCAGUGGUCUCUGACCCUCGCCAUAUAACCGGCCGUACCCAUCAGGAAGUUCGUGAUACAUAUCACCUGGAGGACGUGGGGACCCUCAUCAAGCGAGCACACGAUCGGGAAACGAACGGUGAGGAGCCUGAUUGGAUGCACCUUCCGGAGUGGGAUGCACAUGUCACAAGUUGCCUACAGGACGCGGCUGCUACUGCAUCGGGUAAGGAGGAGGACUCUGAGCCUGAACACUGGGCAUGCCCGGAAUGUGACUCCUUCUUCGGCACGGCAGCUGCUCUUAAAAUACAUGCUUACAGGGCCCACGGUAUACACAAUAAGCCACUUCGCAUCUUUGACAAAGCGCGCCAUGCUGUGAAGGGCUUGCCUACCUAUAGGUUCUGUGAAAAGCGAUUUGCGCGCUGGCAGACUCUGGAGCAUCACAUCAACAACUUGGCAUGCCCGCUCAUGCAUGCUGAAAACAAAUUCAGCGUGGACGGUGACACCAUUGAAGCAGUUCGAUUAUCGCAAGUGCAUGCAUCAGCGAUGGAUGAGCAUGAUGAACAAAACGCCGAUUCUGCAGAGCCUGAGCGAGUGGAGAGGAUUGAGGAAACCAUUGAGCAGUCUCCUGUCAAGCCUCUUGCUCAACAGCUCUUGGUUCAACAGACGGCCAAUCAGGGCCUACGAUUCUUCAUCCAACAGCCCAGCAUCACACGACAACUCCAUCAACAUUGUGGUUUAUGCGGGCAAUGGGUGGCCUCUCACAAGGUGAUGAAGCUACAUUAUCGCAACAAUCACCCCGAGAUCUUGCCAGCUAGACAGCAAGACAUUGUACGCACCAUUGAACUGAGUGCUACUCCCAGCAUCCGCUGCCACUACUGUAACGAGAUGGACGAAUUCUUUGGAGCAGUUCGCAUGGGUCAGGAUCCGGCCCAAACGGUCCACGGGGACAACGACUCGGGAAUGAAUCCAAAACGGCGGCGGGAGGCUCCGAACCACAGCGGUUGGGGCCAGGAGCAGGAGAUCAAUCUGCUCAAACAGGACACGUCGCUGGUGCUCUGGUUCAGUCCCGGGGGAGACUCCAUCUUGAAUCAUCUGUACCGCACAGCAGUCGAGUUCAAGAAGAAACAGGCGGCCGAACCCACAUGGGGCAUGGCACACAUGCCGUUGAAACAAGUGAUGGCGCUGUCAAUGUUUCGAGAGCUCAAGGAUCGCCACGCCAAGGUCUUGGCCUCUCAGGAGCUCACAAAACGAGCGACGGACAUGGGCUGGCGGGACACUCAGGGCUGGCAUUUUCAACAAUGGAACCCGAAGUUGAAGCACCUGGAGCUGGACAAACAGCGCUCGGCGAUCCCCGACAUCGAGAUGGCGAACAAGCUCGAGAACAAGCACGCCGAGGAGAUCUGGGACCUCCUGAUAGAGUUGCAGGGCUGUUGCAAAUUUCAGCUCAUCGGACUGGGGCGCAUCUACAUGAACCCGGCAAAUGCUUGUUACAUGAAUGCCUCAGUCCAGGUGUUGGAGUGGAUGCUCUAUGUCAUGGGCCAGAACGUGGAUGCUACGGGGACAGGUGCUGCUUUCUUCACUUCGAAUGCCAUGAACACCCAAUGUAUAACGCUCAUGCAGGUUCAGGAGUGGCGAGACCUCGUCAUUGGCUGGGCAGAGGUUCAUAGACAGCACGAUGUGGGCGAAUUUCUGGGCUAUGUUCUUCCUGGAAUGAACAUGCUAUCCUUUCAGGGGACUUGGCAAGCCUUCGACAUCCGCCACAUGUGCUGA